AUGGGCAGCAGAGGACCUUCCGCUUCAACGCGCAACGCCGCUAUCAGGGAAUGCUCCCUCUCUGUUGCCGCCCAGCUGGCGGAGCAGGAGAGCUGGCUGGAGAAGAAGCUCAAGCCCAAGAAAGUCACCGGUAGAUACCCAUUCAAAGGCGCGCCACUGCUGUAUGCGACCUGUGCCUUUGGAAGCCUGGGGGAUGCGCUUUUCGGGUAUAACUCCGGUAUCAUGUCCGGCUUGCUGGUCAACCCGGUCUUCGUGUCCCGUUUCUUCCAAAACUAUGGGGGAGCCGACGGUACGACGGCCUCGGUCGACCCGUCCAUCACUGGCAUCUCUGUUGCGUGUUUGCAGGCGUCUGCAGCGGUGGGGGCACUCAUCGCGGGGAGACUUGGAGACAUCGUCGGCCGAAAGAAGUGUGUCCGCAUUGGGGGAUUCAUCUACUUCAUCAGUGCGUUUAUUCAGAUAUUCGCCCCUGGGUUCGCAGCGUUUAUUGUGGGACGCACCAUCCAAGGGUUGGGCGUUGGGUUCCUCUCCAUGACUGUUCCUAUUAUCCAAACGGAGAUUGCGGCCCCCCAUCGAAGAGGCUUGAUGGUUGGGAUCGAGUACACCUUCCUCAUUGCUGGAUACAUGCUGUCAUGCUGGGUGGACUAUGGCUUUAAUUUCCUGCUACCCAGCGAGAUGUCAUGGCGGGGUCCGUUUAUUGUGCAAAUCGGUCUCUCGUUCAUCUUACUGGCGAUGUCUUUUUUCCUCCCCGAAACUCCGCGUUGGCUGGCGAAAAGCGGAUUUAUGCAGGAAAGCCUUCAAACAGUGGCAGACUUGCAUUCCGACGGGAAUACGGAAGCGGAGCAUGUGCAGCAGGUUUUCCUCGAAAUCCAAGAAGCGGUGGUUUAUGAAACCAACCUAGGGAGUUCGAGUUGGAUGGAAAUGUUUACUACGUAUCGCAAACGGACCAUUGUUGGCAUCACAGUCCAAAUGUUCGCCCAGCUCAAUGGAAUCAACAUCAUCUCAUUCUACCUUCCGAGUACUCUAGCAGCCGCUGGGUUUGACGAACGCAAAUCGCUGCUGUACACUGCGGCGAACGCUCUUCCCUAUACUGCUGCAACGGUCGUCACGUGGUGGCUAGCGGACCGAUGGGGCCGGAAGCCUUUGCUCAUCCUUGGAGGUCUUGUCAUGGCAGUGCUGUUGGGCGUUGUCUGCGCCUUCACUGAGGCCAACCUGGGAGUUCAGGUCAAAGCGAGCGGUCAGUACGCCUUUGUCAUGCUGUACAACGUUGUAUAUGGAUUCACCUGGGGCCCGAUGCCGUGGCUGCUGCCGGCUGAAAUCUUUCCUCUCCGCGGCCGCAGCAAAGGCAUGGCACUGGCCACUACCAGCAAUUGGGUUUUCAAUUUCAUCAUCGGUAUGGUUUCGCCAGACGCUUUCGCCGGCAUCCAUGGGUACUUUUACGUGGUUAUUGCGGGAUUCUGUCUCUUCUCGGCCGGCCUAGUACACUUCUACUACGUCGAGACCUCGAACCACACCCUCGAAGAGAUUGCUGUAGCAUUUGGCGACAAAGCAUUUGCGGAUGAUGAUGCGGAUGUCAUGGAAGCUGCCGAUGCAAAGAGCGAAUCGGGAAAGAUCUCAGUGUGA